UUAAUAUCAUGUCACCAAAACAUUUCUGAGGGACUGUCUUUCUGUGGUGGACCCCGCGGUAUCCAUUUGAACAGACACGUAACGGGAGAUUAUGUCUAAAAUGGCGAAAUUUGGAAGUAAAGGUUUGGUACUUCUUUUUAUCGUACUAAAAAUAGUAAUUUCUGCAUCGGGAGAGUCCUGCGAGAAGGUCGAUAUAUGUACAUGCAAGUUCAAAAAUGGGUCAACAGUCAGUUUGAGAAAGGCGGAUGGCACUAGUUCUAAACCGAGCUUCACACGGAUAGAGGGCAGCGAUGGCCGUACUUUUGACUGGAACACAUGCACACCAUUUGAUGACUCAUCUGUUUCUUCAAGCUGUGAUCAAGUAAUGGUUUGUCAAGUAAUUGAGGGUGGCGGUAACCCUGCUGGAAGCAAAGAUACCAGUUUUAUUGUGGAUGGUUCUGGCAAUGUUGUUAUUUCAUAUGGAGUUAUGGAGAGCGGUGGUCAUGGGAGAUCGUCUAAAAUAACCUUGGUGUGUGAUCGAAAUGCAAAAGGGAUUGGAACAGUAUCAAAAUUUUCACAAUCUGCAAGCUCAGGAAGCACAAUAUAUAGUGGAACGUUAAAUUCAAAGUAUGCAUGCGCCGAAGGAGGAUCUACAUCAGGAGGUCUCAGUGUCGGCAGCGUACUUCUUAUUAUCUUUUUUCCACUGGUCCUCGCAUACAUUAUUAUUGGAGUGUUGAUAAACCGAUAUGGCCGUGGUAUAGAAAGCAUUCCAGAGUUAUUACCAAAUCAUUCUUUCUGGGCCGACUUUCCUUUCCUUGUAAAGGACGGAAUUGUGUUCAAUGGUGUUGCGAUCAAAUCUGGAUGUUCCUCUUUGAGUAACAAAUUGAAGAAAGAUGGCUAUGCUGAGAUUUAAGCUAAUAAAUUCAUUUUUAUGGAAUACAGUUUAAAAUAAUCGAAGGUUAGGAACAUUUUAAGUUUGCUCAUUGUGAUGCCUAAGGUUUAGACCUGGUUAUAGAUGAUUUUUAAAAAAAAAAAAAGCAGUCAAGCAAAACGUGUGAUUUUUAGAGUGAUUUCAUGGCAACGAAUAAUCGCGUGUUUACAGAUCCAGCGUUUUGCUACUGUGUUUGAGAUUUUCCCGCCACUUUGUAAAAUGCAGUCAAUGAUGGCAACAGUUUUAUGCGCAAAGCACGCGUAAAACGGUCCAGAAUUUUGCGAAAUGUUGCAUUUUCCGUGGGCAAUUGUUCAUCGAAGGAAAAAACUGUAAACAUUUCUAGGUUUGCACUGCAUUUCCUUCUUUGACAUGAGUACCGAAGGAUCAUCAAGUGAAAUUUCAGUUUCCUUCUCCAGCUCUUUUUACACAAUUUUUUCGUUACCUGUCGUUCGUUUAGCCUUUUGAAAUUUGGGAAGCUUGUUUUAUGGACUCUUAAAUUAUUCCUUAACUGUUAACUUUUGUUGCUUUUGUUGUCUGUGGAACCUUGCGACUUGCAGACCAAGUUUCCAACAAAAUUCGCAGCGAGAUCGAAGUAAAAUUAGAGCGUUCUCAACAACUGCAAUAUCUCAGCGGCGCAUAAAAAUCGCCUUAAAAUCGUUGGAUAUUCACUCGCGUGAUUUUGCGUCGCCAUGGUGUCACUGUAGAGUUCUAAGAAAAAAAGCUCCCUUAUAGGGGGGAGGGGGACUCAAAAGAAAAAAAAAACUACCCCCCUCCCUCCACUUUGUAACUCGCCUCUGUCUUUUUCGCACUUUGUUUUGAAUUGAAAAAAAAAAAAUUUAAAAUAGAGAAAUGGAAGUAGUUGAGGGGCGCUUAUAUUUAACCGAAACCAGUUGGCCACUCGCGGCUAGACCUGACAAUUAUAAAGAAGAUUUGGCCGAUAUCGAGUUUUCCAGGAUAUGAAGAAUUCAUCAGAAAAGCCGAUAGAAUUUUAGACAAUGAAUAGAUAACUUUUCUUAAUUGGAAUUUUGAACUUUUGUAUUGGAGUCUUUCUACUACACUCGUAGAAACUGGAGAUGUACAAAUUUCGGUUUUCAAAAGAAUUAUUUCUAAGUAAAUAGAAUAUUCAAUAUCUAACAACAUUGUUUUUAUUCGCAGUUCACCUCAACCUGGGUGCGAGUUAAUGAUAACAGUAAUAAUGCUGUAAGGGAUAAGGCGUCAGUCAAGCUUGAUCCGCUGAACAGUAUAUACAGCGUUGGCAGUCGCAUGCGCCUAAGUCGAAAAAGGUUUAUACACGAACUGAUUUAUUUCAUAUUCAAGGAUGUUUCGUAUUCGAGGAUAUUUCUAUAUGGUCGACAGCGUAUGAUUUUUGACUUAAAGUUCUGUUAAAGCAAUUCAAGGGCGAGCGUAACAGAACACAAACAAGUCGCAUUUAAGGUUACUUCCCACCUUCAGAGGCGGAAAAAAUCGUUUUUUCUUUUGUUAGACCAGAUUGAAGUUCGAUAUUUUACCUUAAGUUUACAAAAAGAAAAAAUUCAAAAUCUCUAAAAGCGUCCUACUUAUUUAGGAAAACGUAUUUUUAAA